AUGGCUCCCAAGAAGGCGGGAGUGAAGAAAGCUGCUACCAAAAAGGCAAAGGCAGCCGAGGGCAUCGUGGAUCCGACUCCGGCUACUACGCCCGAGCCCCCACGCCCAGAGGACGCGAAGGCGGCACUCUGUGUGGUUCAGCAGGCUGUGGACUUCCUGCGGCAUAAGAAGCUUUGGCAGAGCCUGAAGCCGCAGAGGAUCAGCCAGGUUGGCACCUUUUCGGGCACCAUCGCGGACAUCAGCUUCGAUGACCUGGAGCUCGCGUCCGAGGUGCAGCUGCGCGAGUCUGCCAAGUACUGGUGGAAUCCCGACCGAGAGCAGCCGAAAGCUCUCUUCGUCAGCGUGGUGUGCCACUCUGAGACCCAGCGUGGCCAGCUCGUCUUGACCGAGGACCACUCCAAGAUAGCAGGGCUCGUGCUGCUUUGGUCCGAGGCAGAGAGGGCAUCGGAUGGACCGAGAAUCGAGGCUCUCAGAAAGGUAUGCACGAACAUCGUCUUUGGCGUAUCCCGAGUCCAGGCUUCUGAUGUCACGAGCCACAAAGCAGUGCUGAACACGAUCCAGAAUGGCGAGGAUGCGUACAAGACUGCGUCCGAGGCAGCGAACUCUCUGCCGUUUAUCUUGGGUGCGAGGCUGACAAGGCUCCAGAUGGCACUCUUCAAGGAGAACCCGGAGCAAGCCAAGCAGAAGGACGUCUUCAACGCACUUCAGACAAUUGAGUGGGCGUCCGAGGAAGCCAAGGUAGAGAAUGAAGACAAAGUCGAGAAGCUUCUUACGCUGCACAAGAAGAGCGUCGCGGCCGGGCUUCACGUCGCUCUCCAGAGCACUCAGAUCGUCGGGGGCGUCAAAACGGCCACGGCACUGAAGACGACCGAGGAGUUCAGAUUCGUGAUGUGCUUCUACGUGAAGGAGCUCCGCCCAAGUGCUCUGCCCGAGAAUGCCACCGCGUCGAGAAUCGGGUUCCACUCGGGGUACUCCGACCUGCGCAAGUUGACACGAGACCAGAUCUUGGGGGCCACUUCGGCGUUACACCUGAGGUUUGUCACCGUGGAGAAGAUGUGCGACCUCAAGAAUGCGUCCGAGCGGGAGGACGUCCGAGAAUUCUUGGGGUUGCUGAGGCAGGCCUUGGACCCGUUCAAGUGGGCGACUGCAGACUGGGCGAGCUUCGCGGCCUUUGCGUCCGAGCCCUUCGUGACGGUGGCAAGCUUCGUUAUGAAGGUCAUGGCUGGGGAUAUGGACGAGAUCUUCCAGGAAGCAGCGGCGAGCACUGAGAAGGAGAACUACGCACGCCUCGUGGCUGUCAUCCGAGAGAUCACCGACAAGUGGUCCAUGGCCAUGAAUCCUGCACCUGGGCCGCCUGCGCCCGAGUCCCCGCAGACGGUGUCAAAGGCAAGGAGCUUCCAGAUGGAGGAUGCAGCACCCGAGCAGUCUCCCAGCAAGAUGACCCCAGAACAACUCCGUGAACGACAACUUGCUGCGGCGGUGGAGGAGGAGUGCGCGUUCUACGUGCACUACAUCGUGGGUGACUUGCGGUGCGGCAGUGCGACCACCUUGGUCCGAGCCCUGUCCGAUCAUCGACUGCUGAGCGGAGACAAUGUGAAAGGCGUGACGCUCUGGUACUUCGAUCCCUCCCUGAUCUGCGAAAACCACCCCUAUGCACGAGUCACGUCGAACAUCUUCACGAGGACACCCGUCUUCGACCGACAGAGCUGUGGAGUGUUCGCGGAUGCUUUCGACCGAGUGGGGCGCGAGGAGGACAUCUACUUCACCCUGGAUGGCGGCGUUCAAAAGGGUGCGUCCGAGAUACGCAAGAGUAUUGGGAAGCUGGAGAAUCAGGUUCCGCUCCAGCAGAUAUUGCUCGUGCCCGAGCAGGCGUGUCCCCGCAGGGACUAUUUGCGGAGUGCGCAGGGCACUGAGACUGUGUGCUGCGAGGAGAAGAAGUCCGAGGCCAACGCGAAGCGUCGAAAAACCUCGGCAGCUGGUGACCUCUCCGCUGUGGUAGGGCGGGAGACCAUGUACUUUGGGCGGAAAAGUGGGCCAGUGGAAGCCCGAGAUCACACCGCGUGGGUUGUGUUGAGCGCAGUUCCUCUGCCGAAUCCGUCCGAGCUGCAGCAUGGGACCUGGGCCGAGAAGAAGGCGGCCAUCCCUGAAAAGCUCGGCAAGAGUGUGUUCGGCGACGGGCCACUUGAGGUCUUGACGUCCGAGUCUGACCCGGGGGAGAAGAUGCCGUUGUUCUUCUUCGAGAAGGCCGAGGCGUUUUACACAAUGGUGCUCCACGAAACUUUCAAUCCAGAUCGUGUGGUGCUGAUGACCCCGGGCGAGGGCACCUUUGUGGUCGAGGCAGUCCGGCAGAGGACGUCCGUCAUCUGCAUCGUGGCGAACGAAAAGCAGAAGGACAUACUCCUGGCCAACGUCAAGAAGCGCCUCCAUGCCCGAGUCUCGAAUGCCAACGACCGUCGCUUCUAUCGCCCACCGAGCCUGACCCCUACUACAAGCAGCGUGGCACCGAGUCCGAGCCCGGCCCCAGCGACAGCAUCAGUGGCCCCAUCACCGUCGCCGAGUGCGACAGCAUCAGUGGCCCCAUCACCGUCGCCGAGUCUCCCCGCCCCGCCACGGGCCCCUGAGGAGACUGCUACGACCGAAGCUCAGAAGACGACCGAAGCUCAGAAGACUAAGACGACGGUGGAGUCGGAUGAUGAAGACGGGUCAUCGUCUGGCUCGUCGUCGAAGGGGUCCUGA